AUGUACAGCUUCAUGGGAGGAGGGCUGUUCUGCGCUGGAGUUGGGAACAUACUCCUCAUCGUCUCCACGGCAACGGACUACUGGAUGCAGUACCGCCACUCCAACAAUUUCAUGCACCAGGGCCUGUGGCGGUACUGUGUGCCUGGGAAAUGCAUGACACACACAGACAGCAUCGCGUACUGGGAUGCGACCCGGGCCUUCAUGAUCCUCUCCCUGCUGGCCUGCUUCAUCGGUAUCGUGAUUGGCGUCAUGGCCUUCAUCCACUACUCCUCCUUUGACGGGUUUGACAAGACCUUCGCAGCCGGCAUCCUCUUCUUCAUCUCCUGCUUCUUUGUGCUGCUGGCGAUGGCGAUCUACACGGGGGUGACGGUGAACUACUACGGCAAGCGCUACGGAAACUGGCGGUUCUCCUGGUCCUACAUAAUGGGCUGGGUUGCGGUGGUGCUCACCUUCUUCUCGGGCAUCUUCUACAUGUGCGCCUACCGGAUGCAUGAAUGCCCAAGAAACUCAAACUCACGCUGA